UUGUUUACAGGUCGCUCCCCUCCGGGUCUUGCCAAGACGCCACUGUCGGCAUUGGGCUUAAAACCCCACAACCCGGCCGAUCUCCAGCUCAAUCAAACCGGCUCAGAUGACGAGCGCAUUCCGGACGAAGACGCACCCCGAAGUUACGUGGAGUCCGUUGCGAGGUCAGCCGUCGCGGGCGAAGAGCAAUCCGCCGCGGCCCGGAGCCUUCCAGAGCCACAGAGAAGUCCGAGUCCCGUUUCCCGUGCCCUCAACUCGCCACUGUCCGGCAGCAGCCCCGUCCACAGCUCACGGGGAAAGCAACUGGCGGCGUGUCUGUCUGAUGACAAAAGGGCCAUCUUUCAAUUGGCUUCCAGCGAUCCGGCCUCAGCAGAGAGCGACUCGAGCACUCCGUCCCAAGCCGCGACCGAUUCCAGUCUGCACGCGCAGGCGGCAGUGAGCGCGUACUCCACUCCAACGGCCUCAUACCAAGUGUCCGCUUCCCCCGAUUCCGCUGGUCUCGAUUCCCUUUCUGCGACGUGCUCCUACCUCGGCAUCGCCACUCCAACACCGUCCGGGCGUGGGCCAGGCACCCAAACGAGGAGCAGUGCAGUCUCCUGCCCGGAGGCCUCCAAGACUGCGGUGGGCCCUGGAAGUCAGCGGGCUUGUGUCCUGACCUCCACUGACGGCGCCGCGUUGGACAAGCACCCGGGCGCUUAUCAGGAGUGCCACAUCAUGGCUCAGAAAGUCUCAGGGGUGAACGGCUUUGAGACAGGCGGACCGGAGUUCAGUGGCAGUCCCGUCCUCGGACGCCAUCAGUCUCAGGGUAGUCAGAGCGGUCAAGUACUCGUCCGACAGGCCUCGACGGGGCAGCAGUCUCAAGGGAGCCCGAUUCUCGGCAGACAACCGUCCUUGGGACAAGCCGUGCCAAGCAGUCCCGUGCUCAGCAGGCAUCCGUCUGUUUCCCAAUCGCACGGCAGUCCCGUGCUGGGCCGUCACCCGUCGGUGUCGCAACGGAGCCCCGGUUUAGACCGCCACGCCACGCACAGCGGCUACACCACGCCGGACGAGCGGCACGGCAACCUGUCCAGGCAGAGCAGUUCCUCGGGCUGCCAGGGACCGCCGACCCCCUCCUUCCCCGUUUGCCCCGCACUGUACCAGGACACGGGAAUGACGGCCGUGGGCGCGGGAUUCUUCCGACAGGGAAGCGCGACGCCGACUUUUCAACCUCAGCUUCCGGAAAAGAGGCGCAUGUCGAGUGGCGACAGACCAAACGCGACGCCCUCUUACGGCUCCUUGAACGGAAAGGUCGUGUCACCGGCGAGCCCGGGAAGCAAUCCCGGCUACUUCCACACCCUCUCGGAUUUUUCGCGCUUCAACAUGGCCGAUGGCGGUCCCGAGAGCAGGCUGAACGUCAAGUUUGUCCAAGAUACGUCAAAGUUCUGGUACAAGCCUGACAUAUCCAGAGAACAAGCGAUCGGCGUGCUGAGAGAACGCGAACCCGGGGCCUUUGUCAUCCGGGAUAGCCACUCCUUCAAGGGGGCUUAUGGCCUGGCCAUGAAGGUGGCCUCUCCCCCGCCAUCGGCGCACCCCAACAAGAAAGGCGACAUCACCAACGAGCUGGUGCGGCACUUCCUGAUUGAGAGCAGCCCGAAAGGAGUCAAACUCAAGGGUUGUCCCAAUGAGCCGUACUUCGGUUGUCUGUCGGCCUUGGUCUACCAGCACGCCAUCACGCCUCUGGCCCUGCCCUGCAAGCUGCUCAUCCCCACCGCAGAUCUUGUUGAGGAAGAGCCCGACGUUGUGCAAAGCAACCCGCCGGCUGACCGACUGAAACAAGGAGCAGUGCACAGGGCCCCGGCCGAGUCCCACGCGUGCAACGUGCUCUACAUCAACUCGGUGGACAUGGAGUCGCUGACGGGCCCCCAGGCCAUCGCCAAGGCCAUAUCAGAGACUCUGGCCGCCGCUUGUCCGUCCGCCGCCACCGUUGUGCACUUCAAGGUGUCCUCGCAAGGCAUCACCUUGACUGACAACCAGAGGAAGGUUUUCUUCCGGCGCCACUACCCCUGCAACACCGUCACCUUCUGCGAUAUUGAUCCUCAGGACAGAAAGUGGAAGAGGCCAGAAGGGGGCGCAGCCAAGUUAUUUGGUUUUGUGGCGCGUAAGCAGGGGAGCACUACGGACAACGUCAGCCACCUCUUCGCCGAGAUGGACCCCCAGCAGCCCGCCAGCGCCAUCGUCAACUUUGUCACCAGGAUGGUGACUUUGCAAAAGCGAUGAGCACCUUCAAGCAAACCUGGCACUCCCCCACCCAACUGCGCCCCUCCCACACAAAUGGCCUUUGCUCACUUCUUGCCCUCCGUUGACCGACAGACGGGCGGACGCUUCAUUUCGCAUUUGCGUGGCUGUGCGUGCGUGCAUCUUGCUUGCACUUUUCUUUUGGGACGGACUCCAGAGUGGACCUGCGGAAGUGCGGAAAGGGGCGGAGCCGGACGGGACAACGG